GAGUAUUUUUACAUUUAAGUAUUGCUACUUUUACUUGUACUUUAAGUACUUCUUCCACCUCUGAGAGAUUUUCAGAGGCAGUUAAUUAAAGGGUAUUUCAGUGAUAUAGUAUUGCUCUUGUCAAAAAAAAAAGGACUGUCAAAAGAAAUACAGCAGAAUUUGAGAUAUCCUGACUUUUGGUCCCUAUAUGGGUCACACCUCACACACAAAAACACUACAUACUGUAUUUCCCAUAUGUCCCUGCUAUCUCAAACUCCCAGUUUGUAAUGUAGGCUUUCUGUUAUAACUAUGAAAUCUCAAGCAGACUUUAGAAAGCUGCCUCCAUGGCCACAAAGGAUGUGCUUAUGCAGAUGCUUUCACAGUCAGAGUACUACGAUGAUUGAGCUGAAUGUCAUGCAAAAGCAUUAGACUGCCCCCCUAAGGCAAAAAAGAUGAGCAAAAGAAAUGAGAAGAAGCAUCGCAACUCAAGACAGAUACUCCUCAGGCUUGCUCUGAACAGACUGCUAGAAAGACUCAGUCAUUCUUCAAAAUUUUAUCAGGACUUACAUGUUCUUUUCACAACACAAUUACCAGAAGGACUGCGACAGAGUGAGCUGAAGGAUCACUGUCGUCUCCAAAGAAGAGCAAAAGGAUCAAUUUGAAGGAUCUCAUGUCAAGUUACAGCAACGGAGGAUUUUUCAACCCCGCCUACCAUGACAGCGAGACUCUGGAAAUUGAUAGAAGGUCUUCCAGCAAAACCCAUCACACUAACCCCUAUGCCAGGGAAGAUCCAGCCUGGCGGGGUGAGAGAGCAGACACAUAUCACUCAUCAACAGGUCAGGGCAGCAGUGGUGAUGCUGUAGGGAGAGUACCCUGGGGGGGCUGGCAGGAGGAGAGCUGGAGGGGGAGAGAAAGCAUCCCCAUGGGCCUCCUCUCAACACGCCCGGGGAGUCCUUCAUUGCAACAUGACCACAAUCACAGUGUGUUCCAGAUCAACCCUGACUCUCACUAUGAUAGAACGCUGUCUACUCGACUUCCUUCUGCAUCUUCAGGAAACAUGACAAUGAGGUGGAGGGGGAUUGCAAUGAGAAGGAUGAGCAUGUUUCCUAUGGCUGAUCCUGGCUAUUUAGCUUUCACAGAGGAUGCCAUCAGGAACGAAAUGGAAAAUGAGGAACAGAACCUGGUCAAAGAACUUGUUGCCUUGUCGACACGAGACCGAAUCCGGGCCAUUCGGGACCUUCCGAUGAGCUUUGAAGAGAAGAAACACAUCAGGAGCCAAGUGCUGGCAUUUAAGUCUUCCAAGCAGUCUCGCCGGUUCACAUGUUUUGCUGAUUGCUCUGAGAAUCUGUCACUGUCUCUCCGCAGGUGCGGUUACAGCAUAAGUUCAGCUAGACAGGCCCUGGAGCUGUGGCAAGGCAUCAUGAAAGAGAUUGGUGGCAAGUUUGGCACCAGUGUCCUCUCUUAUUUUCUGUUCCUCAAGUGGUUGCUCAUGUUCAACAUUUUCUCCUUCCUGGUCAACUUUGGCUUUAUCACCAUCCCGGUCCUUGUUUACAACCCCUCACCCAACAUUCCUCCAAAUGUGAGCUUCACAGGACUGGAGAUACUGACUGGAGCUGGUUACUUCAGCUACACUGUCAUGUACUACGGUGGCUACAGCAAUGAAACCCUUGCGGGCCUGGUGGAGUAUAACAUGCAGCUGGGCUAUUUCUUCACCAUUGCAGUCUACAUGGUGCUGUGUGGAAUUGCACUUAUCUUCAGCAUGGCAAGAUCAUUCAGGAAAAACUAUGUGCUUGCGGAUCAAUCCUCAAACAGUGCGUGGCAGCUUUUGUGCAGCUGGGAUUUCAGUAUAACCAAUGAGAGAGCAGUGAGACAGCGCAAGAACAAUCUCCGUGUCCAACUAAAGGAGUCUUUGUCAGAGAAGGCCCAGGGGGAGUUGCUAACCCUCUCUGAAAAGCUGAAGCACUUUGGGGUUUAUCUGGGCUCGUGGCUCCUCUCCACCGGCCUGGCUGUUGGUUGUGGAGCCAGCAUCUACUACCUCUGCCAAUAUGAACAGCAGCAGACAAAGGAUGCUGCCAACUGGUCUCUGCUUCAGGAGGCAGAGACUCUCCUGGUUCCCUUUGUGGUGUCUCUGAUUAACCUGGUUGUCCCGCUCUUCUACUCCCUCUUCAACAAGUUUGAGCACUACUCCAGCCAGCGCAGACAGAUCUACGCUCUGGUACUCAGAAAUGUGAUACUCAAGAUGGCCAUUCUGGGUGUCUUGUGUUAUUACUGGAUGAAUGUGGUUGCUAAGAAGUUUUCGUGUUGGGAGUCCAUUGUAGGACAGGCUUUGUACCGUCUGGUUAUUGUUGACUUCUUGUUUCUGAUGUUGGGAUCCUUCUUUGGAGAGUUUCUCAGCAAUGUGAUUGGGACCAGAUUUCUACCACGUCUGGGGGUUCCAGAGUUUGACGUCGCCAGAAAUGUCCUUGAACUCAUCUAUGCACAGACUCUGGCCUGGAUUGGAAUCUACUUCUCUCCUCUUCUACCUGCUAUCCAGAUUCUCAAGUUUUUCAUUGUGUUUUACCUGAAAAAGGUCAGCCUGACCCAGAAUUGCCAGCCUCCGCGGCGGUCAGGCAGGGCAGCUCAGAUGCAAACCAUCUUCAUCGCCCUCCUCUUCUUCCCUUUCUUUGUGGGAGCCCUGUCCAUGGUUGCAUACACUGCCUGGAGCCUGACUCCCUCCAAGCGGUGUGGUCCUUUUCGGGGACUCAACAGUACCUUCAGUGUAGUUGGAGUCUGGAUAGACGAUCUGGAAGAGAUCCCUGGUUCUCAGUGGGUGGUCUGGAUCUACCAAAAUGUCAUCAGAAGUGAAAUCUUCUACUUCCUUGUCACGCUCGUCAUACUAGUCUUCAUAUACAUCUUCUGGCAAGUCACUCAGGGCCGCAAAGAACUUAUUGGUCUUCUGAGACAACAGAUUGUUAAUGAGGGGAAAGACAAGUCCUUCUUGUUAGACAAGCUGCAGAACCUCCAGAAAACUAACCCUAAUAAAAAACCCAAACCAAGGAAUCAAAAAAAGCACACUAAACGGCGUUCAGAUGACCACUCAUCUGGGGGUCAGUCCACCUCAAACGCCAUGGUUCAGACUUUACUUGCUCGCCAGCGGCUUGAAGAGGAAGAGGAGAGGCACAGCGCUGGCGGAGUGCCCGUUCCCUCAGACAUCUCCACCUCCAGUGCUCUGAUGCAGGCCAUGUUGGCACGUCAGAGAGCUGAUACACAGGAUGGAGAUUUAUACCAGAUGCCUGAUAAAUACCAGACAUCCUCCAGCGCCCUCGCACAGGCCAUGCAAGCGAGGCAGAGGGCUGAGGAUCAUGUGAGGGAUGAGUACUACAGUACAGAAGAUUUUUCUGAAAACCCUGUCAAUAGAUCCAGCGCUGUAACACAGGCCAUGCAAGCCAGACAAAGAACAGAGGAGGAUGCAGCAUAUGAUGUAGAUGAUCAACCAUCUUCAGUGUCUAGUGCUAUGAUGCAAGUCAUGCAAGCCAGGCAGAGAGCAGAGGAAGAGGAAAGGAUUCAGCGAGUCCCUGCUGCCCCACAAAAUCCAGCUCCCUCAGGUUCCAGCGCUCUCAUACAGGCCAUGUUGGCGCGGCAGCAGGCCCAGAAUGAGUAUGAUGAUGGAUACUGAACAAACUCAUCUGACUUUAUCAUAACCAGAGUUGAAAAGAGCAAGAAAAUAGCUUUUUAUGCAGCUGACCUAAAUGAGUCUUAUCAGGAUGUGAUUUGUGUUCAUAAAAAGUGCAAAAUUAAAAGGAUUCCUGCAAAAGAACAAAAAACUUAUAGCAGGUCUACUGUAUGUGAAAGUGCAGGUUCACCUAUUUAUGCACCUUUUUUUUAGGAGUAUAUUUUAAUUAUAUAUUUAUAUGAAAAUUGUAUGACAAAUAAUCACUUUAACAAAUACACACAAGGCCUGUUCUUGUGCCAUUACAUGUAAUUUGUGUAUCACAAACAUAAGUUAUUCAUAUUGUAUAUAUUCUCUUUGAAAUGUAGAUGAACAAAAAUAAAAGAAAAGCAAAAAUAAAUGAAUUACUGUCCCCUGCAUAUUACACUGUAAAAAUGGAUGUAAAAAACACAAUAUGAAUGCCAAAAUAAGCCAGUGACAAAAAGGAAAAUGCUAAAAUACAGCCACCAGAAUGGAUAGUGGUCUUACAAUUAACACAACACUGCCCUCUUUAGGUAUUACAUGGCCAAUGCCUCAGUAGGCAAUGACUUUUACAUGAGUAUUUAUUGUCUUCCAAUCAAAGCAGAAAAAACAUCAAAUGAAAAUUACAAACA